GCCGAGUGAAGGAGAAAGUGAGGAGCUUUGGGGGACCCUCCUCCUUUUCCUCCUCCUCCUCCUCCUCCUCCUGAGGGCCGCCCCUUCCCGAACUUCCUCUCAGCCCCGCCGCCGGGCAGCGCUCGGGAAAGUCGCGCGCCGGAGCGUGAGGGCUGGCUGGCAGCGAGACCCUUCACAGCACUCUUUCCUCCUCAGGCGCGUUAAGAGCCCUCCUUGUGGGACCACCGUCGUCAAGGCCCUGAAGCACCCAACAAGAUGGCCUCCUCCGGUGCCCCGGGAACUCGCAUGACCUCCACAGUCAGCAUCAACAUCUCCACUCCAAGUUUCUACAGCCCCCAGAAGAAAUUUGCACCCGUUGUUGCCCCCAAACCCAAAGUGAACCCUUUCAAGGCUGGGGGAGCCCCUCCUGAAAAUGCCCCUGAGCAGGCAUUGCCUCCUCCACCGCCUCCUCCUCCUGUUCCUGGGGCAUGUGCCCAGAUAGGGAAAGUGGGAGAAAUUCCAACAGCCGCAGUACUUCCCCUUCCUGAAGAGCUUCCGCUGCCACCCCCGCCCCCUCCAGGGGAAGAAAUGGUUGUCUCCCCCAACAGUGCAUUCCCUCCCCCACCUCCUCCAUUUGAGGAGCCAUUUCCUCCUGCUCCAGAAGACGUCUUCCCUUCUCCUCCUCCCCCCAUGCUGGAGGAUGAACCAGUGACUCUCAGCGGACUGCCUGCUCCACAGGGUCAGGGCCGUGGGAAGAUGAACAGCAUUGAUUUGGAGAUUGAAUCUUUGUCCUCAGUGCUGGCUGACAUGGAGAAGAAUGAUCCCUUCAAAUCCCGGGUACACCUAGGAUCUGUGGCUCCUGUAGCUGUAGCAUCUGGCUCCAGGGCAUCCCCAGAAGCCAUGACACCACCUAAAGAUGUUCCAGCUCCUACCUCUUUCUCCUCCAGUGCUGUCUCCCAUCCCAUUGGAAACUACACACCUAAGCCACAAGCGGAAGCAUCUCCUGUUCCUCCACCAUGGGUUGCCUUGAAGCAGCGCAGAGACUUGCCAUCAGCUGAGCUUCCCAUGCCGUCCUCUGCUCCGCCUCCUCCAGCUCCUGCUCCUCCAGCUCCCAAAUACACUCCACCUCCCAUUGCUACUGGUCCCAAAUUUGUACCUAAGCCAGCUGCAGGAGCUCCAUCAAGCUUUACAAGACAGCCUGCCCCAGUCCAGUCUCGUUUCCCAUCAGGCUCUUCUGGUGCGGGUCCAGCCCCAAAGCCACAGCCUCCCACCUUCACCUAUGCACAACAUCGGGAAAAACCCCAGGUUCAGGAGAAGCCACUUCCCGUUGGACAGCCACCUGCCUCACAAGAUAUGCGUAAUCCCGUGUCAGUUCCAAACACCCGGUCGGAGCCACCCAGGAUCAAUGCUGCUUUAACUAUGAAGGAGGUGGAGGAAUUGGAGAUGUUAACCCAGAAGCUCAUGAAGGAUAUGGACCAUCCACCCCAGGCAGAAGCCUCCACAACUGAGUUUUGUGGCCUGUGCAAGAAGGCCCUGUCACGGACACAGCCUGCCGUUCGUGCCCUGGACAAACUCUUCCAUGUGGAAUGCUUCACCUGUUUCAAGUGUGAGAGGCAACUCCAGGGGCAGCAGUUCUAUAAUGUGGAUGAAAAGCCAUUCUGCGAAGAGUGCUAUGCGGGCACCCUCGAGAAGUGCUGUGUGUGCAAGCAAACAAUCACAGACCGGAUGUUGAGGGCCACAGGCAACUCAUACCACCCCCAGUGUUUCACCUGUGUAGUGUGCCACAAACCCCUUGAGGGAGCCUCCUUCAUUGUGGACAAGGCUAACCUGCCACACUGUGUGGAUGAUUAUCACAGAAAAUAUGCCCCGCGCUGUUCAGUCUGCACUGAGCCCAUCAUGCCAGAGCCUGGGAAGGAUGAGACAGUUCGUGUGGUGGCCCUGGAGAAGAACUUCCACAUGAAAUGCUAUAAAUGUGAGGAUUGUGGAAAACCCCUUUCCAUUGAAGCAGAUGACAAUGGCUGUUUUCCUUUGGAUGGCCACGUGCUUUGUAAGAAGUGUCACACCACACGUGCCAAAGCUGCAGUUUGAAGCUCCUCCAUCUGGAUGCACUCUCAGUGUACCCCUCCCCUUGCUGACAACCGAAGAAAGCAAUGAGCUGGGUGUUCUCUGUGUUCUUCCUGAGGAAACCCCUUUUUCUCAAAAACAUAGUUCAUUUCUACCUAGAACAUGUAUGUCUGGCAGUAUCUCCCUCUCCUCCCAAGACUCCCCUCCUUUCUUUGUUACACCUGCCUUUUCUACAGGUUCUUCCUUAACUUCUCACUUACUCUGACCACAAUAUAUUAUUCUAGAUACUGCAGAAAGUGACUUGGAAGCAUGUCUUGCUAUAAGUGCUGCAGUUGUCUGUCUUACUAAUAAAAUAAUCCUGGAGACAAA